UAGCUAAGCUACGCCCUAGGAUACCACAGGGGUUGCCAAUCCAAUCCCGGCCCAUUUUUCCUAUGGUGUUGCCCACUCGAGCCUUGGAUCUUACUCAUUUUGGACUCUCAUCUUAACAUGAACUUGCAUAUCAUGUAUUUUAAUUCAGACUCAAAAGCAUCUGAAUUUGCAGUUUGGGUCUUCUUCUUCUUCUUUUUUCUUUUUUUUUUCAAUUCCUCUCUGUUAAGCUUUGAUUCCUGUGAUUCAAUUAUCAUUCUACGUACCAUUCAAAUUCAAAUUCAACUAUCAAUCAGAGCAAACUUGGAUGUGUGGGAUUAAUAUGAUAAAUUAGGCUAUAUUUUUCUUUCAGAGAGAAGAUGGAAGGAGAAGCAAGAACUGUUGAUUGUUUAAGGGGAAGAUUGCUUGCAGAGAGAGUGACUUCAAAGGCUGCAAAAGAAGAUGCAGAUCUCAUGGGUAAAAAGCUCAUAGAGCUAGAAAGGCAGCUACAGCUGGAGAUGGAAUCCCGGAACAGAGUGGAGAAGCUGAAACCCACUACAAGAAAGCUACGAUCCCUGAAACUAUCAGCUGUUCCAAGCCAAUCCAGUUUGCCCGUGAAAAGUGAAAACUCUGCUAGUUCAUCCACAAUUUUCUCAGGCCUCCUAAAGCAAGCAGGAGAAAAGAGAGCCGGCUUGCAAACAACGGAUUCAGGAGAAGGGGCCUAGCAGCACACAUCCCAAUGUUGUAUGCUCGUGGGAGACUAAGGUCGUUAAUAUUCAACCAAAAAUCAGGCCGGUACCCUAAACGGAAAAUUUAGAGGUGAAAUUCAUCGGUAGCUAUCUUUAUGACUACGGAUUAAACCCAUAGCCAUAUAUCUG